AUGAUGGAAUUUCAAGUUCAUUUUGAGAGCGAGAAACGUGAGUCCCACACUCGUGUUCUGGAGUUAAACAAAGGUUGUGAGUUGAACACUCAGCAGAAGACCUUCACCUUCGAGAUCAAGGAGGACGUCUUGGAGCAUCAGCUGGUUAUUGGCACGGUAUGUUUAGGGGCUGAUUCCCAAGACGAAUUGAACAUCGUGACUCUCCACUCCAAGAACUCGACCGGGAACAAACCCAUCCCGAUUGCCUCUCUCCGGCGAUCGGUCUUGCCCAUGAUAAGCAUAGCCGGGAUUGACUGCACUCCCCCGGUCACCUUCAGCCUCGAGGCUGGCUCGGGGCCUGUUUACAUCAGCGGCCAGUACCUUGUGAUGGAAGAGCACUCGGCCUCGGAAGUGGGAAGUGAAGGCAACUGA